GAAGUUGGUAGUGAACGAGCACUGGAACAGGCCAAAUUCAAUUUGGUGAAUCACUAUUUAUUGGUUGGUAUAAACGAACAAAUGAGGAAGUUCAUAUCACUUUUGGAACUCCUUUUGCCGCAGUUCUUUGAUGGUGCGCUUGAGCAUUUUGAUACACUCGAUGCUAAACACGCUCAUUUGCGGAGUACAAAAAAGAAGAUUCCACCACUGGAGAGUACACUGGAAAGAGUUCGAUCCGAUAAGAUUUAUACGAUGGAACGGGAAUUUUAUGACUUUGCUGUUGAGCAGUUCGAAAACGUUUGGAAACGAACGCAUGACGAGAGUGGCGAAGUGUUUUUACCGCAACAAUUCCAUUACGAAAAAAUAAAACCGUGA